GGUGGUGGUAAACAGCUGACUGACGCCGCCUGCCUCGCUCUCCCAGUCCAGCAAGUCUCUGUUCAAAGUGUAGCGUGUGUCUCUCUCUCACUCCGGGACUAUUUUAACCAGGAAAUAAGGCUCUAUUUUAAGGAUGGCUGAGUGCAUGAUGCUGCUGAGUGCGAGAGACCGCUGGUGUAACGAGAAGCUAGAGUUUGUGUGUGCUGUGGUGGAGGGCGUGGACCGGGCGAGUCUCAGAGCCCAGCUGGAGUCGUGCGAGACGGAGGAAGAUGCCGAGGGUCUCAUGCACAGUCUCUUGUGGCUCCAGGACUGUCACAACGCUCAGAUGGCCGCCUUCCAGUAUGACGAAGAGCCACAACAAUCACUACAAUCACAGCCAGAUGAUGCAGCCACGGAGGAACCCAAUCUCUUAUCAGUAUUUGAUGGGUUAGAUUUAACAGAGGACGACAACGACUUGAGAAACGACCCCACACACGACCCCCAACUACAGUUUGUACGUAUCAGGCAGCAGGAGGGGCAACAGCAGAACGAUGCGCCCGUGACACAGAUCCUCCUGACGCAGCAGCAAAUCACCACCCCGAGGCAGUACCCACGACUCCCCCUCCAUGACCCAGACUACCCUGAGGUGUGGGGGGAGUGUGAGGACCUCAACGAGUACCUGGAGGAUGAGAACCACUCCCUACUUUAUCCUCACAACCCAAACAAUCCUCUCCAACUUCUGCAGGAACGACACGAAGACGUUCCGCAGGAAGAAGACGAGGAGGAGGAAGAAAAAGGCGCAGUAGCUGCAGUACCAGCAGCAGCAGAAGACAUCACAGCAGCAGAAGACAUCACAGCAGCAGAAGACAUCACAGCAGCAGAAGACAUCACAGCACAUAUAAUACCAGCAGCAGAAGACAUCACAGCACACACAAUACCAGCAGCGUCGAAAGAGGAGGACACGGCGAAUGACCAACUAGUGGCACAGCUACUAGCAGACGAGGAGGAGGAACAACUUGUCGGUGAGGAGACGACGGGGGACGAGCAGCUAGCGAGGGAACUGGCGGAGGAACUAGCACAGGAGGAGGCGGAGGGAGAGGAGACGGAGGAGGAAAAGGCAGCAACUGACGUCGCUAUCCUCAUGAACAUGUUUCCUGACGCCGAGCCGGAGUACCUGCAGGAGAGGAGUGUGGAGGUGAAAGGGGAGGAAGAGGCUUUUGGUGAGCUGGUCGAGGAACUACUUCAGCUCAAGACAACAGAGCCAAGGAUGAGCGGGUACCUCAAGCGUCAGAAGACACACUCCUCCAACAGCCCUGAGGAGGACAUACCUGCGCCUCUCUUUGACCCCAGCAAGGACGUGACAGCCAACGAGCUCCACGAGUGCUCCAUCUGUUACGAGGAGGAGGUGCUGGAGAAGAACAUGGCCACCUGCAAUGCCUACACCAACUACCACAAGUUCUGCAUCGACUGUAUCAGGAAGCACGUAGCAGCACAGAUAGGCCAGGGACACUCCUCCUUCAAGUGCAUGAAUGGUUACUGUAAAUGUGAGUUCUCUUGGAGGACACUGAAGAGGGUGAUGGAGCCUGUAGUGUUCCAUAAGAUACAGGAGAGAAAGCAACAGGACGAGAUAAUGAGAGCGGGUAUUGAGAACCUCACGGCCUGCCCCUUCUGUAACUUCAUGAUCAUUAUGCCCAACGAGGAUGACAAAGUACUCGAUUGCCUAAAUCCCGAGUGCCUCAAGGAAUCCUGCAGGCUGUGUAAGGAGGUGUCACAUGUGCCGCUCCGCUGUGAGGAGGUGGAGAGAGAGACACAGAAGGAUGCUCGUGUGGUGCUGGAGAACCAGAUGGCUGAGGCUAUGAUCAGGGAAUGUCCGUACUGCAAGAAGAGAUUCAUCAAGGAGGCCGGCUGCAACAAGAUGAUGUGUUCCUGUGGCACCGCCAUGUGUUACCUGUGUAAGAUUGUCAUCACUAACGACUAUCAUCACUUUGAAAAACAGGGCAUUGUUUCAGACAAGUGCCCGCUGUGGAGUAGUUCCUCAGAGCUGCACACCUCUGAGGUUCGAGCGGCAGCACUGAGGGGGAAGCAGGAGCUGGACCCCACCAUCCAACUUGUCUAUGACCCCACUGUUGACAUCUUGUAACCCAGAGUGACCCACUACUCAUAAUGGUUGGUGAUGAACAUAACCUUGGUGCUAUCAACACUCUGUGAUGCUGUCUUGAACAACAGCCAUACGGUAUACAGAAUUUGCAACAACAUUCAACUUGGAUUGCAAUGCCAGUUUGUGAUGAAAGAAUGUACACAUUUAAAGUUAAGUUUUAUAUAUUCAGAUCUCGGUACCUUCUGACUAAAGGCUUUUGGAUCAAUAGGUCAGAAUCGAGUGAGAGAUUAUACCAUGGCUGACUGUCUUCUGUCAGCCAUGCCCGUCACUGGUAUGGCAAUAUACUCACUGAGGCUAUUACUAAAGUGUCGGGGUGUCUAUUCUGGGUCUUUCAUGCUUCUGUAAUUAUACUGUACCUAUGUCACUGCUUUUGUAACAUCCACUGUGAAUACUAUGAUGGCCAUCUGGGUCUAUGAUGGCCACCUGCAACUAUGGUGGCCAUCUAAGUCUAUGAUGGCCACCUGCAACUAUGAUGGCCACCUGGGAAUCUAUGAUGGUCACCUGGGAAUUUAUGAUGGUCACCUGGGAAUCUAUAAUGGUCACCUGGGAAUCUAUAAUGGUCACCUGGGAAUUAUAAUGGUCACCUGGGAAUCUAUAAUGGUCACCUGGGAAUCUAUAAUGAUCACCUGGGAAUCUAUAAUGGCCACCUGGGAAUCUAUAAUGGCCACCUGGGAAUCUAUGAUGGCCACCUGGGAAUCUAUGAUGGCCACCUAGAACUCUAUGAUAGCCACCUGGGAAUCAACUAAAUCACAGUAAUUUUCCAACUAACCCCUUGUCUAUGAGGUCCCCACUGUGCUGAAUAAAAUUGUUUGGCCCGAGACAAAAUAAAACGGUAAAUGUGGCGUCCCCAUAGAGAGGUGGUUAGGCAAUUAAAUCAUUUUGACCCACAUGACCAUCAUAGUGGCCUCGCCAUAGGUUUGUGAUAUUCAUAUUUUUAAAAGGAAGUGGAAUUUUACGGAUAUAUUUACUACAAGAUUCAAGAGCACCAACCCUGACCAGAACCUCCUUGUGUUAUAUUCAGAUAAGUUUGUGUUAUGAGUGACUACCAACCAAACCUUUUACCCCAGUAUUUUAAAGCUAAUAUAAUACAAUAUACAGUACAGUAUAUAUAUAGUCUGAUAUGGACCAAUAAUUUAUCCCUUUAUAAACAUAGAUGAAUAAUUUUGUAGAAAUGUUAUGUAUAUUAAUUCGGUUGAUGAAGGAUUUUUUUUAACAUAGUACAGUACUGUGUGUGUGGUGAAUAUCCCAUUUUCCUUUUGGUUGUUGAUCACAGUGCCAUACAGUGGGGUAUGCUAUAACGAACGUAAUUGGUUCCAGAACCUCGUUCGUUAUAGGAUUAAUCCGUUCCAGGCCCCCAAAUACAACCACUUAACACUGAAAAAAUUCUGUGGAAAAUGUA